AUGCGUAGCUGGGACUAUUUUUCGCUUCUUUGGAAGAUUCCGCUGAUUUGUAAGUUCUCUCAAGGUGUUGCUGCUAUUGCCAAACUAAUUGGAUGUUACAAUAUUGUAGUUGGCUCGUCCAUACUUUCACUACUCAUUCGAUGUUCAUGGCCGUGGCAUUCGCUAUACUCGUUACACUGGCGUCAGAAGCUGCAAUCAACUCUUCUGAACAGUGCGACUAAGACACUCAAUAUCCGUCAGCAAAGUUAUUUUAUCUCGCGGCAAGAGUCGACUGCGCUGCAAGUUACGGCCUACUGUGCAGGAAAGAGUAUAAAGCAUCAUCGAGUCGAUAUAUCGCUUCCAAAUGGAACCGGGAUACCCUCGCCGGCAUUGCAUGUCAUCACUCUACGAAACGCAAAUCCGAGUGGUCCGACUAUCUUCUAUGCACACGGUGGCGGUUACCAGGCUCCCUUGAAAAGCCGGGUCGCAAUACCACUCGUGAGCCGCAUGGCCAGUUCCUGCAAAGCGGCUAAAAUUGUUAUUUUACAAUACUCUCUUACGCCUGCAACUCAGUAUCCCGGUCAACUUGUACAAGCCGUGGAAGGGCUGAGAUACUUGAUCGAUAAUGGCUGCGCGCCUUCUGAUAUUGUUCUCGCAGGUGACAGUGCCGGCGGGCACUUGAUAGCCAGUGUGAUUCUGCAUCUACAACUUCCGGCUCCUGGACUAUCUCCAAUCGACUUGCAAGGGACAAGCUUUCGGGCUGCGAUACUUCUAUCCCCAUGGUUACGCAUGAACGAGGAUAGGACUGAGGCUAGGGUCAACGAACGCUUUGACUUCCUCCAUGCAAAAUUGCUUCAGCACUACGCAGACCUAUUCAAUCCAGACGAAAAUCAUAUAUGGGCAAACCCGAUGGAGGGUCAUGACGCCAAGUCCCUUUGGUCAAGGGCAGUUGGACAGUCAGGUGUGGUCAACAAGCUGCUUGUUACUGCCGGUGAUGCGGAACUUUUAUUCGAUACCUGCAAAAGCUUUAUGUCGGAGUACGUUGCUGGCCAAACCGUUGUUAUGGACCCUACCGCCAAAGGAACAGAUUUGAAAUCUGCAAUUCAAGGCGCAAGAGCAGUGCUCGCCAUCGGGUUACACGAGGUACACAUCCAGCCGUCAUUUGAUGCAUCUCAAAACUAUUACGAAGGCGGGACAAUGACUGCUAUGUCAUAUUUCUUAGACACAUUAAAAUAG